AUGGAGUUCGAUAAGCUCUCCAUCACCGAUCGCAAGAUCAUCGUGGGCAUCGAUUUUGGCACCACCUACUCCGGUGUCGCCUGGGCAGAGACUCAGCGGCCCGACAGGCGCACAGCCAUCACCACCUGGCCCAUUAGCAAGACCACUCGCGAGGGUGAGUCUUCGGACAAGGUGCCUACCAAGCUACGCUAUGCAAAGGACGAGGUUCAGUGGGGUUUCUCUAUCCCCAUUACCGCUCCCCAGGACGAAGUCAUCGAGUGGUUCAAGCUUGACCUGGAUCCUUCCUUGAAAAACAUUGGCCAGGCCGUUGCCAAUGAUGGUGCCCGAGGAGGCAGAGAUGCUGAUAGGCUCGUCGCCGAUUAUCUGGGUGCCCUCUGCGAGCAUCUCCUCUAUACCCUGCGCGAGAAGCUGGGCGAAAGCGUCGUCAAAAGCACCCCUCUGGAGUUCGUCGUCACCGUGCCUGCUAUCUGGAGCGACCUUGCCAAGGACAAGACCAAGAAGGCCUGCCAAAAGGCCGUCCAGUCCCUUCCCCUAGCCCCCGGUUCGUCCAGAACCCUCAUCCAUCUCGUCUCCGAACCCGAAGCUGCCGCCAUCUACGCCCUGCACGGACUGGAUCCCCAUGGUCUCAAGAUUGGCGAAACCGUUGUCGUCGUCGACGCCGGUGGCGGCACUGUCGAUCUCAUUUCCUACACAAUUACCGGGCUGAAGCCCAUUCUCCAGGUCCAAGAGGCCGCCCCCGGCUCUGGUGCCCUCUGCGGCUCGACCUUUCUCAACAUGCGGUUUGCCAAGUUUCUCAAGUCCAAGCUGGGCAAGGAGGACGGCUUCGACGAGGAGGUUCUCGCCGAGGCCAUGGAGGUCUUUGAAAAGAAGGUCAAGCGCCAGUUUACCUUGGCGGCUCAACCCGACGAGACGUAUACCAUCCCCGUCGGUGGCCUGGCCAACAACAGGGCUCUCGGAAUCAACCGCGGCCGGUAUGCUCUCAAGGCCUCCGACUUGAACACCAUCUUUGAACCCGUCGUCCUGGAAGUCAUCAAGCUCGUCAAGGAUCAGAUCACUGUUAGCAACGUGCCCAUCCGCGCCGUGCUCUUGGUUGGCGGCUUUGGUGCCUCCAACUACCUCAAAGAGCGUCUGAGGAACGCUGUGGACAAGUCUAUCCAGAUCAUGCAGCCCCCGAAUGCCUGGCAGGCCGUCGUGCAGGGGGCAGUCAUGAAGGGUCUUGCCAACAGCGCGCCCGACACUCUCACCAUGGUCAAGGUUCAGAAUCGCAAAGCGAGGAAGCACUACGGCACGGAGUGGCGGACCAAGUAUGAUGAAAGGAUCCAUAGCCACAUCUCCGAAAAGAAGAGCUGGAGCGGUAUGGAGGGCUAUUAUAAGGUAAACGCCAUGGAAUGGUUCAUCCGCAAAGGUGACGCCGUCUCUGAGAAUGAGCCAUACAUCACAUCGUUCGUCUGGACGGGCCUCGUGGCACACGGUCGUAUCCGCAAGAUGCGUAUGACCAUCUACUGCGACCAAACAUCCGAGGAGGCCCCCAUCGACAGGAACGCGAACGUGCAAGUGUUGGCCCACGUCGAGGCGGACGUGAGCCACAUUCCCGAGCACCUGCUCAACCGCCGCCAGGGCAAAGACGGGCAGAUGUACUAUGAGCUCAGUUGCAAGAUUGAAGCCGUCUAUCUGUCUGCUUCGACCACGUAUACGCUCCUAUACAAUAAUCAGCGAUAUGAUACGGUUACCUGCGAAUAUGUCUGA